UACGUGCUCAGCGCAACCUGCGAGCCGCUCUCCGCAUAUUAACAUGGCUAGGCGGCCGAGAAACAGUGUUUACAGUAGUGAGGAGGAUGAGGAAGAGACUGAAAUGUAUGAACAUGAUUAUGAUGGAACGCUGGCAAAGGCGGGGAAACGCCACCUUGGAAAAACACGAUGGACACGAGAAGAGGAUGAGAAGUUGAAGAAACUUGUGGAGCAUCAUGGAUCAGAGGACUGGAAAAUCAUUGCUAGCUUAUUAACUAAUCGUACAGAUGUGCAGUGUCAGCACAGGUGGCAGAAGGUUCUCAAUCCAGAGCUCAUCAAAGGGCCGUGGACCAAAGAGGAGGACCAGAGGGUGAUAGAGCUGGUUCAGAAGUAUGGAGCCAAGCGCUGGUCGGUGAUAGCCAAGCACCUGAAGGGGCGCAUCGGCAAGCAGUGCCGUGAGCGCUGGCACAACCACCUGAACCCAGAGGUGAAGAAGACUUCAUGGACUGAGGAAGAGGACAGGAUCAUCUACCAGGCACAUGAGAAGCUGGGCAACCGUUGGGCAGAAAUCGCUAAGCUGCUCCCUGGCAGGACUGACAAUGCCAUAAAGAACCACUGGAACUCCACCAUGAGGCGAAAGGUGGAGCAGGAAGGGUAUCUUCAGAGCACAUCAAAGAACAGCAACACCUCACACUCCAUCAACCAUGGCUACAUCAAGAACACCAGUCACAUUAUGGGUUUCUCCCACCACUCGCCCAAUCACACGCAGCUGUCGCCACACAGCUACCCCUACAUCCCCGACACACACAGAGUGUUCCCCAUGGCCUUACAUUUGAACAUCCUGAACAUUCCCCAGCAUGGAACCGCUGCUAUACAGAGACACUAUAGUGAGGAGGACCCUGAGAAGGAGCAGAGGGUGAAAGAGAUCGAACUACUGCUUAUGUCAACAGAGAAUGAGCUGAGAGGCCAGCCAUCACUACCAGUGAGUUGAGCGCGAAUGAAUUUGCCCUAUCCAAGCUGGGCCAGCCAGUGCUCUUUGACCAACAGCUCAGAGGGUGUGGCUAUGUCGUUACGUCAUCACCAGGCAGCCGCCCCUGCCCUGCCGCUUGACCAGAGCUGCCUACCUGAGGAGAGUGCCUCUGCAACACGUGCCCACAACAACAAUAACAACAACAACAGCAACAGCCAUCACAGCAGUCCCACAUUCUCAAAUAGUCUUCCAGAGUUCAUGGAAUCUGUCAUUGACUCAUUUCUCAAUCAGUCAAUGAGCCCGGAACACUCCGACAGCGACAGUUUACCCAUGAGUUCACCUGUGGACACCAAGCCUCUCAUCGACCACACUGUCAGGCCUCAGAAAGAGAAUGAAAUGUUCAGAACUCCGAACAUUCGUCGGUCAAUCCUGGAAUCCUCUCCCUGCACACCCACACCUUUCAGGUCAACCCUGGCCCUGCAGGAGUCCAAGUAUGGACCCCUCAAACUAAUGAACCAGCCUUUGGAUCAGCAGAUGGUCGAGUCCAUCAAGCAGGAACCUAUGGAGUGUGCCAUAGAGCAGCCUCCUCUCAAGAAAAUAAAACAAGAGGUGGAGUCCCCAUGUGAGAGGAGCCUGUGUAUGCAGUGGGAAGGACAAGGUCUUCACACACAGCUUUUUUCCCCCAGCGGCCCCCCACAGGAAGUACCUGAUUUACUUACUAGCUCAUUACUGAGUGAAGAUGGACACAAAACCUACCACCUCCCUCGCAGGACUAUGGGCAGCCCUUUACAGCAGCUCAGCUCCUGGGACCAGGUGACCUGUGGGAAAACAGAGGAGCACGUUUUGGCCUCAGAGCAGAGCCACAAGUACAUCAACACUUACCCUACGAGGACACUGGUCAUGUAGACCUAGACACACGUUGAUCUGGACACAUCAACAUUCCCUGUGCUGGACACAGCGCCACGGGUUUCAUAUUUGUUGUGGUACAACAGUUGGGAGAGGCUCUAUGCCACUGGUGUUUUUACACUCACACUUGUUGGAUUUCAACCAACCAAAGACUAUCUUUUUAUGUUUGUUUUUGAAAUCUUUUAUAUAGAAUUUGCAUUUGGGCUUUUAUAAAUGUACAUCUUAUCUCUUUUGGUCCAUGUAUUAUUAUCAAUGUUGUAUUAUAAAUGGGAAAAGGUAGCUAUAUAAUUUGCAUUGGGCUGUAUUAUGAAUUACGAAUUUUGAUAUUAAUAUAAAGAACAAGUUGAUUAAUUUAUUUCUUUUGUUUUGACAAUGUUGUUUUUUUUUGUUUUUUUUGUUUUUUUACA